AUAGUUUUACUAUUUAUUUUAUAAUUCUCUUUUAUGUUUUCUUUUUCUCUUUAUGUUUUAAUAAUAUUUAGAUCAUAAUAAACAUGUCAUGUAUAUUUAUAUGUUCUAAUGUAAUUCACUCUAUGUUCUACAAUUAUCUUCUAUGUUUUAAAGUUAAUUUCUAUUUUCUAUAGGUUUGAAUGUGCAUUGGAUGCUCAAAGGCACACUCAAAAUAAAAUGGAUAAUGAUUCGAAGAAUAAGCGUCCGGAGUGUAAGACUCCAAUUCCUUUAGAGAAAGAUGCUUCUGAAUUGUUUACAACAACAAUUUUCUAUGAAUUUCAAUAUGAGCUUGAAAUUGGAUGUUUUAAUUGUGGUGUUGAGGAGAUGAAGAAGGACAAUGAGCUUUACAUUUUCAAUUUGAGGGAAGGAACUAGAAGGAGGACUUUUGAUGUUGUUUUUGAUCCAACUACCUUUGAUACCAAGUGUUUUUGUAAAAAAUUUGAACGUGAUGGUGUGCCUUGUAGGCAUAUGAUUUGGGUGUGGAAGGCAAGGAUGUUAGAAAAAAUUCCCAAGGCCUACAUUCUAAAUAGAUGGUGUACAAUGGCUUAUAAGAAGCCCAUUUUUGAUUUAGAGGGUAAUGUGUUGGAGGAAUGUAUUAAUGCAGUAGAUAAGAAAAUGUUAUUAAAUGAUUUGUGGUCUGAAAUUCAUGCUUGUGUGAGUUUAGUGCAAAACAAUGAAGAUGAUCUUAGUGAUCUUGUCAAAAAACUUCGAGCCAUGAGGGCAGAUUUGGAACAGAAGAAAACAAAUGGAAGCAACAAUCUUUCGAGCAAAGUUAAAGACAUUGAAAUGCUUAUUGGAGCUAGUCUACCUUCUAAUGUUUUAAUCAAACCUCCUAAAAUUUCGAAGAACAAAGGCACGGGGGUUCAUGUUCCAAAUCAGGUCAAUGUUCCAAAUGAUGUCCAUGUUCCAAAUCAGGUUCAUGUUCCAAAUCAGGUAAAUGUUCCAAAUGAUGUCCAUGUUCCAAAUGAUGUCCAUGUUCCAAAUGAGGUUCAUGUUCCAAAUAGUGACAAAAGAAUGAAGAGUGACAGAGAAAAGUCUAUUGAACAAAGUCAAAAGAAGAAGAGAUUAUGUAGAGCAUGUGGGGAGCUUGGUUAUCAUGAUAGUCGUAAUUGCCCUGGAAAAGUCAAGUGAUAUUGUUGGUGAAUAUACUAUUAAUCCAGUUGCAUGAGAUGUUAUAUAUUUAGAAACAAUAUCUCAUUUACUAGCACGUAAAAUAUU